CCGUCGAUUCCACUAUUGUUGCUCACGACACACACGUCUUGGAGCGCGAGAUGCCAGACUAACUAUUAUUCGAAUGUCUCUCCGGCUUUUAUUAUCAACAAAUAACGAUUGUCUUUCAUUUUUUGAUGAUAGUUUUAAACAAUACCAACGGUGGCGAAUUACUUAUUUUGUGACAAGUUAUGCGAGUUGUGUUGUUUUGGUCAAAGUUGGGGAGCCGUUCGCGCACGUCUCCGGCAGCCAGUCGGUUUCUCGACUAAUUAGGGAUAUGUUUCUGGUAUCCAUUGUAUUGGAGUUGUCGCACUAGCCAGUCGUCUUCGUUCUCACACUAGGAUAUUAUCUCUCUGCGAUGGCCGAGGCGAGGAGAAUGGAGGACGAGGAGCGGGAGAGUUUGAGAGGAGAGCCGAGGGAACCUGUUAUAAGACGCCAACCCAGACCGACCAACUCAUCUGGAGAGAGGCACAAGGAACACAGACUGAGCCAAGGACCUCUGUCCUCCAUCAGGGCCGCCAUUAAGAGGACGUCAACUAGAUCCACUUCCCUGAGCGAGAGCAACCCCAGAGACAGGAGCCGUCCAGAGAUCACCAUCCUAUCAGCUGAGCCGCUGGCGUCCAACACCUGGUUCCCCGGGGCUUCUGGGGGAUUCCCUCCGCCCCCUCCUCCUGCUGCUAUGAUCUGGGGUAGUAGUAUACCUCAUACUAUACAGCCCCCUCCUUCUUAUGACGAGGUGAUUAGAGAGACGAGUCAGGUACAGGUCCAGGUGUUGCCUCCCUCCUUCUCCCCCCAACGCUCUGUCUCCACAACUACCAUCGCCACGCAGACUGACACUGGACUAGAAUUCUCAGCAGUGGCCCACGCACCCAACCAGAGAGGCUCUGUGGCCAGGAGACCUCCAAGGCCUCCCAGACCUUCCUUUACAGCCAAACUGUUGCACGCUGAUGACACGACGUCGCACGCUGAUGACACGACGUCGCACGCUGAUGACACGACGUCGCACGCUGAUUACACGACGUCGCACGCUGAUGACACGACGUCGCAAGCUGAUGACUCACUCAUCUUCUUAGAAGACAGUCCAGCACUUCGCACACACACUCAGACCAGCAGACACACCGUCACACACACAGAGGCGACAGCAUUUCACUAUGAUCUCUUGACCUCUGUCCCUGGCAGCCAAACUGACCAAUGGGAGCAGUCCUCCUUCGUCCUCCCCCCUCAUUCCACUGUCUUGACAAUGCCCUCCGACCCUCCUCUGCCCCAUAACCAGCCCAGGCCACGUCCUCGCACAAAAAAUAGCCUUCGACCAAUCAGGAGAGAAGUCAAAGUUCAGACCCUGGUGAGGCUGGGACAGACAGGAUGUGAGGUCACAGAGAACCAAGAAGUGAGUCAUCAGGGGGGGAAGUACCUUCAGGAUCUCCUGGACGCCUUCAGCUCCGACGAUUGGGGCUUCCCUGAUCACCAUAGCAACGACGAAGUAGAGCGCGACUUGAGAGGAGAAGAAGAAGAAGAAGAGGAGGAGGAGGAGGAGGAGGAGGAGGAAGAUAUGAGAGCCAGGAUACAAGCCUUCGAGCUGCAGCAGCAACAGGAGGACCAUGGUAACCAUGCAGACAGUGACCACGGAGAUGGAGCGUUGCUAGGGGGUGGGAAACCUGAACCCCACCCCCGAGUACAAGCACUCCCCAAACCGGACCCAGUCAUCUCCCGGAAACCCUCCCUCGCUGCCAAGACUUCCUCCCGCAAAGGAUUUUGGGAAGAUGGAAGCUCACUUGCGAUAGACAUGAACUUGACUGUUGAUACAGUUACCACCUCCCAACCCACACCCACUGACCCCUCUCCCAAACCUACCGAGACCCCCUCAAGUACCCCUGUCUCAGUCCUCGCACCCCUACCCCUGCUUCCUAGAAAGCCCCCCUCUGAACCCCAAAGACCAGACCCCCAGGUAAGGCAGACAGAAGGGACCUCCCUACUCCGUCCCCCUCCGAGACCUCCAGUAGCACCCAGGACCAACGGGGCCAUGGUACCCCAAGAGAGAAGCACUGUGGUUGACCUAACAACACCAGCGUUAUCCCUUGAAUCCUCCAUAGACCUCCACAGCAACAACAUUAGACCGAGUGUUGCUCAGAAGCCCAAUGCCAUGUCAUCAUCCCGUAGAGCGAGUGUGCCCCUGCCUGUGCCUGACAACAGGAGACCCUCUCUGGUCUCUAAACCCUCCAUCCAGACCCCCAUACCCACAUCCCUAGUACCCCUAACCCCGGGCCUGGCUCCACCCCCAAUGGGUGCUAGACCUCCAGUCUUAUCCUCAGCUCCAGCCCAAAAGAAAACCCCAUUGGUCUCCUCAGAGUGUGAACCUCCUCUUCCUCCUCGCCCCCAGGGAGUGUUUAAGAUGCUCCCUCUCCGCCCCCCUCCCAUGAAGACUGUUCCUGGUCGACACUCACCUCUCCAGGUUGUCUCCUCCUCCUCCUCCUCUACCACAUCAUCCAAUCAGCCACCCCCUGCCCAGGCUGUAGCCGCCCCCGCUUCUACAUCAGCCAACCAGCAGGCUGUCCCUGGCCCCUGCACCACUCCAUCAGCCAAUCAGCUGCAGGGUCAGAGGGCACCAAAGAACGGCCCCCCUCUACCCCUCCGACCCAGGCCUGGACACCCCCUGUACAAGAGUUACAUGCCCAUCCUUCCAUCUCAACCCAGUGGAGAGAAGUCACAGCUGGUCACAGCACCUGUCAGUGGUCUGAGGUGUGUGGCACAGUUCGACUUCGAGGGGGAGGAGGAAGACGAGCUGACCUUCUACGAGGGUGAUGUCAUCUCUCUGACGGAGGUGAUUGGUCAGGAGUGGGGGCGGGGACAGAUCCACGGGCGAAUAGGAAUCUUCCCUCUGGCCUUCACGGAGGUUCUUGAGGAACCGCCUCCGUCGGCAGGGAAACAGCCCGUUGUCGAGAAGACCGUUGUCGAGAAGACCACGAAAAUGGACUCCUCAGGCGGUGGAAGUGGUAACGGGUGGAGGCAGUAGAUGAGGAGUGGUAUCUGGAGGAUGCAGGAGGCGAGGUCCCCAAAAACAACCUGACACCUACAAAUAGGACUAUGGAUGUACACUGUGUGUUAGAGAACAAGAGACUGUGUUGGAGAGAGAGAGAGACUGUGAGAGAGAGACUGUGUUGGAGAGAGAGAGACUGUGUUAGAGAGCGGGAGACUGUGUUAGAGACAGAGAGACUGUGUUAGAGAGAGACUGUGUUAGAGAGACUGUGAGAGAGAGAGAGAGACUGUGUUAGAGAGAGCGAGAGACUGUGAGAGAGAGCGAGAGACUGUUAGAGAGAGAGAGACUGUGAGAGAGAAAGACUGAGUUGGUGUGGGUAAAGAGAAAGAGAGAGUGUUGACCCACCACUCACCAACGUGGUUAUCUUGAGAGACGAAGAUCUCUGUUUACAUCAGAGUAUGAUAAGGAGUUACUAGAUAGAGCAAACAUAUUAUAUUUCAGAACUGAAACCCAAUCCUGUUGAAUCUACAGUUGAAGUCGGAAGCUUACAUACACCUUAGCCAAAUAUAUUUAAACUCAGUUUUUCACAAUUCCUGACAUUUAAUCCUAGUAAAAAUUCCCUGUCUUUCAGUUCAGUUAGGAUCACCACUUUAUUUUAAGAAUGUGAAAUGUCAGAGUAAUAGUAGAGAGAGUGAUUUAUUUCAGCUUUUAUUUCUUUCAUCACAUUCCCAGUGGGUCAGAAGUUUACAUACAUAAAUUGAUUUACUUGGGUCAAACGUUUUGGGUAACCUUACACAAGCUUCCCACAAUAAGUUGGGUGACUUUUGGCCCAUUCCUCCUGACAGAGCUGGUGUAAGUGAGUCAGGUUUGUAGGCCUCCUUGCUCGCACACGCUUUUUCAGUUCUGCCCACACAUUUUCUAUAGGAUUGAGGUCAGGGCUUUGUGAUGACCACUCCAAUACCUUGACUUUGUUGUCCUUAAGCCAUUUUGCCACAACUUUGGAAGUAUGCUUGGGGUCAUUGUCCAUUUGGAAGACCCAUUUGUGACCAAGCUUUAACUUCCUGACUGAUGUCUUGAGAUGUUGCUUCAAUAUAUCCACAUAAUGUUCCUACCUCAUGAUGCCAUCUAUUUAUUGAAGUGCACCAGUCCAUCCUGCAGCAAAAACACCCCACAACAUGAUGCUGCCACCCCCGUGCUUCACGGUUGGGAUGGUGUUCUUCGGCUUGCAAGCCUCCCCCUUUUUCCUCCAAACAUAACGAUGGCCAAACAGUUCUACUUUUGUUUCAUCAGUCCAGAGGACAUUUUUCCUCAAAAGUACGAUCUUUGUCCCCAUGUGCAGUUGCAAACCGAAGUCCCCACAACAUGAUGCUGCCACCCCUGUGCUUCACGGUUGGGAUGGUGUUCUUCAGCUUGCAAGCCUCCCCUUUCUCCUCCAAACAUAACGAUGGUCAUUAUUGCCAAACAGUUCUACUUUUGUUUCAUCAGACCAGAGGACAUUUCUCCAAAAAGUACGAUCUUUGUCCACAUGUGCAGUUGCAAACCGUAGUCUGGCUUUUUUAUGGCGGUUUUGAAGCAGUGGCUUCUUCCUUGCUGAGCGGACUUUCAGGUUAUGUCGAUAUAGGACUCGUUUUACUGUGGAUAUAGAUACUUUGGUACCUGUUUCCUCCAGCAUCUUCACAAGGUCCUUUGUUGUUGUUCUGGGAUUGAUUUUCACUUUUCGCACCAAGUACGUUCAUCUCUAGGAGACAAAACGCGUCUCCUUCCUGAGCGGUAUGACAGCUGCAUGGUCCCAUGGUGUUUAUACUUGCAUACUAUUGUUUGUACAGAUGAACGUGGUACCUUCAGGCGUUUGGAAAUUGCUCCCAAGAAUUAACCAGACUUGUGGAGGUCUACAAUUAUGUUUCUGAGGUCUUGGCUGAUUUAUUUUGAAUUUCCCAUGAUGUCAAGCAAAGAGGCACUGAGUUUGAAGGUAGGCCUUGAAAUACAUCCACAGGUGCACCUCCAAUUGACUCAAAUGAUGUCAAUGAGCCAAUCAGAAGCUUCUAAAGCCAUGACAUCAUUUUCUGGAAUUUUCCGAGCUGUUUAAAGGCGCAGUCAACUUAGUGUAUGUAAACUUCUGACCCACUGGAAUUGUGAUACAGUGAAUUAUAAGUGAAAUAAUUUGUCUGUAAACAAUUGUUAGAAAAAUUACUUUUGUCAUGCACAAAGUAGAUGUCCGAACCGACUUGCCAAAACUAUAGUUUGUUAACAAGACAUGUGUGGAGUGGUUGAAAAACAAGUUUUAAUGACUCCAACUCUUAAGUGUAUGUAAACUUCAGACUUCAACUGUAUCACUUGUCUUGUAUAUAUAUAUAUAUAUAUAUAUAUAUAUAUAUAUGACUCCACUAUCAGAACAGCACCAACAAGGUGAUUUUCACCAACAGGACGAUGAUCACCAGCCAGCCGCUUAUCAGAGAGUUUUUCAAAUAUAUAUUUCUUAACCAUGUCUAAUCCACUGGUAAUUUCACAAUGGAAUCUAAUGGUGCUUUAUAGGAUAAUUCCACCUUCCUCUUAAGACAAAUUAUAACAUUGACUAUCAAUGUUGAUUAAUAAGUGGAAGUUAGGAUUCAACCCUGUGUUUAACUGCUGUGUUAUAUUCCUGGACAUUACAUACAGACUGUUUAAUCCCAAUCUCAAUAAAAUCAUCAUUAAAUGGUGUAAUACAA